CGGGCGGCGGAGGCGGCCCGGGCGGCGGAGGAGGCCAAGGCCGCCGCGGAGGCCAGGGCCGCCGAGGAGGCCCGGGCCGCCGAGGAGGCCAGGGCCGCCGAGGACGCGCGACGGGCCGAGGAGGCGCGGCUGGCGGAGGAGGCGCAGCAGGCGGAGGAGGCUCGGCGGGCCGAGGAGCGGCGGCUGGCAGCAGAGGGCGAGAAGGAGGAGAGGGAGCGCGAGGCCGAUAGGCGCCGCACGGCCGAAGAGGCUGCGGCCAGGCAGCGCUGGCGAGAAGAGAAGGAGCGCAAGCAGCGCGAGGAGGACCCGCUGGGAGGGGUUGGGGGGGGGAGCGGGGCGAGGACGCACAGGCGGCGGCGCUCGCGGAAGCGAAGAGGAGAAGAGAGGAGGACACGGGGAGGCCGCGCGAAAGGCGAAGUUCGAUCAGGCCAGGGAGGAGAGCGGAGGCGGCAGCGCGAGGAGGAGGAGCGCCUGCGCAAGCAGGAGGAGGACCGACGAGGCGGAGGCGGCGAGGCGGCGCCGGCGAGAGGAGAAGGAGGCCGCCGAGGCCGAGAGGAAGAGGCGGGAGGAGGCGCUCGAGCAGGAGGAAGAGGAGAGCGCAAGAGGAGGGAGAAGCAGGAGAAGCUGGAGGCCAAGGACCGCCGCAAGCGCGAGUACGAGGAGAGGCAGCAGCAGCUGCAGAAGAAGAAGGAGGCGCCGCCAGAGG